GCAAAUCUAAUUAUGCCGGAGAACCCACCGUUCGCGUCUACAGGUUCCCCGUCGGCGCCGCUGAAAGAACAGCGUGGACGCGCGCCGUGCCGCGUAAGGAUUUUGCGCCAUCAAAGUACACAGUGCUCUGCGAAAAGCACUUUCACCCGAGUGACUUCGUCACCUCGACGAGCUACACGGACACGGUCACUGGCAAAGUGAUUGAAGUUCCGCUUAAACUCAGGCGUCUAAAGCCGGGAACUGUUCCAAGCAUUUUCCCUGGCUGCCCCACGUAUCUUUCUCAAGACAAAAGUGCAGCCCGCGAAGGCCCAGAAGAAAAACGGGCUCGUAUGGAGGCCAAAGCGCUGCAAGAUGCAUUGCAAGAGUCACUCAUCACUCAACAAGAGGAAGAGCAGAGCAACGCCAUCUCUUCUCUCGAGGACCUCUUGUGUCACACGGACAAGCUUUUGGUGGGAGACUUCUGGAGCAAGGUGAUCGUGAAAGACAGUGUGUGGUUCUUGAACUUUGUGCCUCAAGAUGCGCCGGUAGUGCGUUGUGCUAUAGUUGUAUGUGCCGACCUCUGUCUCAAAGUAUACUUUGGAGAGACACGGAUUGAAAAGGUAGGCACCGUUGUGUUCCCUGUUUCAAUUUCGGACAUUAGACAACUUGGUGAUACACUUGACCGCGUUGAGGAAAUUGUAAAAUGCUCCCAAAAUGAUGAGGCAAGUGUUGAGCUUCUUUUGCGACGUAUGUUGGCACACUUAGAAGAACUGUCAUCAUUACAGUUUCCGUCUGACUGGCAGGCAGAAGUGAUGAAGUUUCUGAGGCAGCAAGUUGAGAUUGUUUUGACCAAUGGAGCAACGUAUCCAGCCGACUUACUUGUGUUCGCCAGUAUUAUGUUCACAAUAUCGCCACACGCUUACAAGUUCAUGCGAAGUACAUCGAAGUUGAGGCUUCCUCAUCCAAACACUAUUAGGCGUCUUUGUGCCACAUACAGCAUUAGUCCUUCUUUGGAGCAACAAGAUGAUUUGUACUUGUCGUAUGCCAAAAAAAUGGCAUUAGCACUCAAAGACCAUGAACGGACUGUAACGCUCAUGAUAGACGAGAUACAUUUACAGUCCUACUUCGAAUAUAAAGGUGGUUUUGUCACAGGUGCAGCUACGAACAGCAACAUUGCUGCAAGGACAGCAUACGUCUUCAUGAUUCAGAGCCUUUUGUCAUCCAACAAAGAUGUUGUGCAUAUUCUACCUGUUGCAAAACUCGAGGCGAAGGACUUGCACUGCUUUAUCAGGCGCCUCAUUAAAGAGCUAGAAGAUGCUCGACUUCGGGUGAUCGCAGUUAUUUCUGACAAUAAUUCCAUUAACCGCAAAGCAAUGUCUUUUUUUUCUGAUCCCCCCAAAUUUAAUAUUGUCUAUGCACACCCAUCUGAUCCUUCAAGACCUUUGUUCUUUGUUUUGGACAGUGUUCACAUUCUCAAGUGUAUCCGUAACAACUGGCUUAAUCAACGUAAUCCUGGGACUUGCAUGUUUUUUUCCCGACAUAACUGAACUUUCCAGUGAUGGACAAGUGUUAACAGCAUCAUUUGGCACUUUGAGGAAGGCACGUGAAGAGGAAAGCAAUGAGCUCUUGCGGUUGGCGCCCACAUUAUCUUUAAAAGCAUUAAAUCCAUCCAACUUGGAGCGCCAGAAUGUCAACCUCGCCCUGAAGAUUUUCAACCUUUCAACUAUUACAGCACUCACAAGUUCCAAGUUAGCUCAACUUCAACAUGCCAAAGGCACAGCUGAAUUUAUCCGCAUCAUCUUGACUUGGUGGAACAUCGUAAACGUCAAAACGCCUCACAAGGGACAGCGCCUACGCGAUGGCUUUCAAGAGCCUGUGAGAAGUCUGUCUUCCCCUCAGAUCGAUUUCCUCAACAGUGUAAUUGACUGGCUAGAAUUUUGGGAAAGUCUAAAGCAUGAUGCAGGCCACCUGACUCGCGAAACACACAGUGCAUUCCGCCACACUUGUCACGCUCUUGUAGAAGUAACCCGCUACUGCAUUGAAGAGCUCGGCUUCUCGUACGUGUUGCUGGGAAAGUUCCAAACCGACUGCCUAGAGGACAGAUUUGGAAAAUAUCGGCAGUUGUCGGGAGCGCAGUAUCACGUGUCUAUACGGCAGAUAUACGAGUCGGAGCACAAGCUCAGAUUGCAAAAAGUGCUGGAGCUCCCCGAACUCCCUCAUCUAGAUGUUCUAACCCCAUGUGGCUCUCUUAACGACCCACAGUAUAUGAAGCGGUUUGGUGUUGCCAUAAGAGAGCAAGACAUCAAGAAGAAGCAGCCGAUGCUUCCUGCCAUUACUUAUGUGGCAGGCUACUGUGCACAUGCAGCUGUAAAAAAGCUUGCAUGUACCUCCUGCAAGGACAAUCUUGUUUUAGAAGACGAAAGUUUUGAGAAUGAUGAUUUUUCACUUAUUGCCACUGGCACGAGAGGUGGCCUCAAGUUUCCUCAACCUGUAGUUGUGCAGGCAGUUUUGACAAUGGAAAUAGUGCUUGAGCAACUCGUAAGCGAGAAAAACGCGACUGAGUUUUAUGAUUCUCCGAAGCAAAAAGAGCUUCUUGUUGCCUUGACGUCAUCGCUUACCGAUAGCGAUGAAGACCUUGACACUUGUGACCGGGGGCAUUCACCACAGCUCGUCAUGAAGUAUAUUCUUAGUGCGGCUGCGAAUGUUUUAUUAAGUAAUCUGUGUAAACAGAACAAUGACAAGCUUACGGCCAGUAAACAAGAAAAAAAAGCGAAAGCUAAAGACACUGCAGCCUUGACUUUCUUUAGCUGCAUAUGCAGGCCAUGUUGUUUUGUAAGAAGCUGCAUAUGCAAACAAGCAUAUGUUGUUUGGUAA